GUAGAGUUUAACUUCCGGAGCUGCGCAGUAGAAGUCAGCUGACAGAUAGUGACCAACCAUCUCAUCUGAAGAGACCUAACGGAGGAACAGAAAACACCUUCCUCUAGUCUACACUAGAACUAGAACCGGAGAACCGGGCAGCCGUCGUUACCCCCUCCUCCUCUCCCCGUUACCCGGCCACGUCUUCCCGCCUCCAGCAGGAUGAGUGUCGGCGCUCCGAAAGGCCUGGCCAGCUCGGGGAUGAAGCCCAUCGCGGAGAUCCUCCACCCGCUGUCCGCCGCCGAGGAGCCGCUCUCGGGCUCCGGCUCCGUCUCCGGCACCGGCAGCGUCGGAGAGGACAAGGAAGCGGGGCUGACCAACGGUACGCCGGUCGAGACGUCGAGUCCCGCCUCCACGUCCUCGCUAUUCAACAGGCUGCAGCUGGACGACGACCUGGAAGCAGAUGUGCGGGACCCCUACGCAGACGCCGCAGAAACCCGUGACCUCUUUGUCACAGUCGACGACCCAAAGAAGCACGUGUCCACCAUGGAGACCUACAUCACCUACAGAGUCUCCACCAAGACAUCACGGGUAGAGUUUGACCUACCAGAGUACAGUGUGCGGCGGCGCUACCAGGACUUUGACUGGCUGAGGAUCAAGUUGGAGGACAGCCAGCCGACCCACCUCAUCCCUCCGUUGCCAGAGAAGUUCGUGAUGAAGGGCGUGGUCGAUCGUUUUUCGGAGGAGUUUGUGGAGACAAGGAUGAAGGCUCUGGACAAGUUCCUGAAGCGAAUCGCCGACCACCCCGUCCUCUCUUUCAACCCACAUCUAAACGCUUUCCUAACUGCCAAGGACCUGAACAAGCGCCAGGGUCUGGCCCUGCUGACCAAGGUGGGCGAGUCCGUGAAGCACGUGGCCGGAGGCUACAAGUUGCGGGCGCGGCCGGCCGAGUUCUGCGCCAUGGGAGAAUACCUGGACACCUUCAACCAGAAACUGGGAACCAUCGACCGCAUCGCUCAGAGGAUCAUCAAAGAGCAGUCAGAGUACCUAACAGAGCUGCGUGAGUACGGCACCGUGUACUCCAGCUGGGUUGCGUCGGAGGAGGAGCUGCGGCGCCCCCUGGAGGGCGUGGCCGGCUGCGUGACGACGUGCUGCGGAGCGCUGGAGGACCAGGGCGAGACCAUGAGCCAGGACUUCCUGCCCGUACUCAGAGAGUACGUCCUCUACAUAGAGUCCAUGAAGAAUGUUUUGAGGAAGCGAGACCAGAGCCAGGCGGAGUACGAGGGACGACUAGAAGCAGCCGUAUUGCGCAAACAGGAGGACAGAACGCCGAUGCCAGUGGAGGUAGAGAAAUGCCAGGACAAAGUGGAGUGUUUCAACGCUGACCUGAAGGCGGACUGGGAGCGCUGGCAGAGCAACAAGAGACAAGACUUCAAGCAGCUUCUCACCGGCAUGGCUGACCAAAACAUCAACCACUAUGAAAAGUGCCAGGCAGCGUGGGAGUCACUCAUAACUCUCCUCCAGGACAAACAGACUGAGGACAAAACGAGCGAGACGAACUGAAACCUCUCUGCCCCCUAUCUAUCUAUCUAUCUCUCUCUCUCUCUCUCUCUCUCUGUAUAACACUCUCUCAUGCCAAGGAAAAGGACCAACCGGGCAGCAGGUUUGAACUGCUGGACUUUGCCCCCGUUCUCCUGUGAACUGAGAUGAUUGUACGGAGGGGGAGUCCUCUCUCAGAGAUUUGACCUGUGAAAGGAGGUAACGACCGGUACAUUCAAGGACAGCUGGGAAAAAGGAGAGACCUACUAUGUACAGACAUUUUCCUCUGUUCUUUUUUUGUCGUUGUUCUUAUUGACUUUUUCUACUUCAUAUUUACAAUUAACAGUCGGUUGCCAAUGCUACUUGUGUUUAUUUAACCGCGGUCUCAGAGAGGCAUGUUUUCUGUCUGUUCUCUCUGUGUUCACAUUGAGCCAAAUGUGAAGGAUAACUCUUCAGCCCUGCAGAUAAGAUCAUGAUAUGUUGCGUGGGCAUGAAGUAUGAAGUACGUAGAAGUAUUCAGAGCUUCCCCAAGAUUUUUUUUUUUUCUUGUCAGAUUGUAAAAGCCUCUGAAAAUAUAACACUGAAACAAGACUCAAGAAAUUCUCUCCCAUCGUAUUGGCUGUAAAUCCAACAUCUAACGCACGGACGGAGAAAAAGCAGGAGGUGUGGCAACAGAUGUCAAAAUGAGACGUCAGUAAGGCCCUGUUCAGACCUGGCAAUAACAUGCGCACUGAGUGAUCCGAUCACAAGUGGACAGCACUAACUACGUCUGUUCAAACCUGGUAUUCGAACGCGUCUCCACAUGCGUCCUGAGUGACCACUUGUGAUCGGAUCUCACUUCCCGUCUCUAUAUGCAAAACGCAUUGCUAAUACAGCAGACGUUGUGACGUAAUAUUACAGGAAUAUCAGUAGUAAUAUCCUACAUAUUCUUGAAUUUGGGUACAUUUUAUUAACGUCAAAAUAUAGGUUAUUGUAUCAGCGGUCCUUGGGGACCUCCGUACGCCAGGCACCUGCUGCCUCUACCAGGCAAAAACACUGACACAUCUCCGACAGUAUGAUAAUAAUGCACUUCCUGUGCUUAGUCUGAUAGUCUUUAGAUUAUGUAGCCUAUAGAUACAAUAUAUUUUAAUAAAAUACAGUUGCACCGACCAAAUACAGUAGAGCACAAAAGCCGUUGCCAUGCCGCGAGGCAUUCAUGAGGAACGCAGAGACCCAGGACACAUUCAUGUAUACACUGCUAAAAGCCACCUCCGAAUGUGGUCCGAUCACUCAGGACGCAUGUUAAUACCAGGUCUGAACGGGGCCUAAAAGCCACUGAUCGUUUUUUCAAAAUAUGUAUUUUUGAUCCACAUUCUUACAGAUAUAUCGACAUGAAGCAAAGCCGCAUUUAACAAUGAUGACACAAGUGUUGAGCUUUAUCAGGGAAGUGGUCAUUUUGUGUUUUUAAGCGUAGAUGCACAGCAGAUUUGGUCAUACAUUUGUGUUUUGAGUGCAGUGUAGCAGCACCACCUGGUGGUCGAGAUGAUAAUAGUUUUCCUUCUUCUGAAACUGGAGGUGUGCUACUUCUGUUGGUUUCUCUUUAUCACGUUUUUCUUUUCUUUUUUGUCAUUGCCAUGUAUACCUGCUGUAGGGAUUUCACCUUUUCUGCUUCAAGCAAAGGCUUUGACUCAGCUGAGGAUGCUAAAUGGCGCAUCAGGCAGGAAGAAAAGCACACAGAGGGAAUUGAAGGUGUAAUUUAAUCUAUUUCUUAUUUUUUGUAGGACUUUUUAGAGUCAAAAAGAAAAGAUUUCAGAGUUUAGAGCCGAUAGGUGAACUUUCUGUUCAGGUUCGGAUUUGUGAAUUUCUUAAACAUGUUGAUGCCGCUGGCCUUCAGAGGAAAAAAGAGCACUGAGGGCUUCUGGGAAAUCUCUGCCGUGUCAUGUAAACACUUGAAGAAUUGGAUAAACCAACGCUCAAAGGAGUUUUGUGAAAGCUCUUCAGCUCAGAGCACCCUUUACUUUAAAAGCUAUAGUUUGUCCUAAUGACACAAUAAUGUGGAUUUCUUUUGCAAUUCAGUUCCGUUGAACCGUCUGACUGAGCAGUCUGACAACGUCACCUCUUCUACUCAGCUGUGACUCAUGGGAAACAUUUUUUUUCCCCAUUUCAGACGCAGUAGCACGUACGACCAACGGCAUUUUUGCGUCACACUUGUUUUGGCUCAAAAUGUUGCUGAUGCCUUAAAGGAAAAAAUCCCUUCUGAGAGAUUCUGUUAUACGUCAAUGCGUAACCUUUUGCUGAACCUGCUUUAUUUUGUGAUUUCUGAGGUUUUUUGACCACAGAGGAGAGCGUGCAGCGUGCUGAGUUUCCUAAUAUCCUGGCUAAUAUGAAUUUCCUUUUUUUUUUUUUUUUUCUCCGUCCUAAGCCGUAUUGCUAGCUCAUUACACUCAGCAUAAAUGAUGACCAGGGCAGACAUCCUCCCAGAACCACAUUUACAAAGACUGAUUUUAACUUUUGUUCAUUUCUUUUGCACUAAAAAGAUGUUAGUUUUCAAAACAAAUGUGAUAAUAAUUUCUUUUUGAUAAAGAGUUUCUUUAGCGUAAUUUCAUUUAUUUCUGAAAUAAGGUGCUGAUUUGAUUUUCAGUGUGCUCUUAGAGGCUCCUGUGUUUUAGUUUCUUUUAAAUGUGCUUUAGUCAGAUUGUCUUUGAAUGGCCCUUGCCCUGUUUUUAUAGGCUAAUGUCACAUUACUGAGCCCGCCCUCAGUGUAGCCAAACGCAAGUGCUAAGACAGCGAUGAGAAGUAACUGGCUGCUUGUAAACUGGUCUUUAUAAUACUUGUCCUUCAUGUUUUCCUCUCGAGCUUUUAAAAGCUCGACGCAGCUACUCUGCUGUUUCUGCUUACUAGCAGAAGUCAGCGAGGUGACACACAAAGACAAGUUUUAUUUAGGAAUUUGGAAUGCAGCCGGUAAGCUGGAGAGACGCUUUCUGAGUUCACGUUGGUCCAGUGUCGAGGCAGCCACAGCGGGGCAGUAAUACGGAUGCACUGAUGCUAAAUUACAGUAUUUGUUUCAAAAUAUGAAAGGAAUAGUUUGGGUGUUUUGAAGUGGGGUUUUAUGAGGGAGUUAUCCAUAGUAGGUGUAUUAGCUACGGUAGAUAACGGUCAGUGUGCCCCCCAGCAUCGAGAAACAGACAUUAGCGCCGGCGCAAAGCAAUACAGUGCUGUGGACGGGGCCGUCCCCACCUCUGUAUUGCUUUGCUUCGGUGUCGGUACUCCUGUUUCUCUAAGCUGGGGGCACGCCGAACGUCAUCUACUGUAAGUAAUACAUCUACCAUGGAUAAAUACCUCAUAAAACCUCACUUCAAAACACCCGAACUAUCCCUUUAAAAUCCACCACCAAGAGCCAGAAGAGUUCAGAAAUCAAAACAAAGCUUCUGUACCAUCUGUUUCUCUCACAUAAACUGUAGAAGAAGACCUCAAUUUCCCCCAAACUACUGCUUUAAAAGAACAGUUCCACUAUAAUUUAUUCGUAUUUUCUAUAUUUUCCAUCCUUUUUAUGUUAAUUGUCACAACUUAUAUGAACAGGCAAACACAAUUAAUCCAAACCUUUAUCCAAACCCCACAAUCUGAGAGCACCCGGUAGAGUUUUUGACUACUAGUAGCACUAUGGAGCAGUGUGUUUUUGUGUUUAUAUUUCAAAGAAAGGCACAACGUUUAUGCUAAGAAAUACUGAAUGUGAACAUAAGUUUGUUUGUUUACAAAAAAAAAACUCCACUAGGCACCUUUAAACCAGAUUGUAAAGUUUUACAUUUUGAACUCUGUUUUCAUAUUAGCGCAUUGCACUCUGGAACACCAUGAGAAAUAAGACAGCUAGGUGGCUUAAUUUCCACAUUUCAGCUUGUCGCUAGUGUUCAAUGCAACCCAAAUACAUUUUAAUAUAUUGACUCGAUGAAGAGCAAAGGAAUGGGGAAUGUAGAAAAUAUGAUAAAAGGGGACAUAAAAAGUGUCUCUGAUCCCUCUUUCCUUUUUCGUUGUGUAUUAUUUUCCUGAUCAGAUCGGUAUCUGUUUGUUUACAGCUGUGAAUCAGUGAUUUAAAAAAAAAAGAGGCAUCGGUGCAUCUGUAGACUUUCCUGCUUUCUGGUGGAGAUGAUUGUUUUGGGAUCAUUCAGACUUUGAUUUGAAGUUUCUUUUUGCUCUAAUGGCAAUAUACUGUAUAUCCAACAUACCCCAAUGUACAGCUGAAUUAUAUGGUACAGCUGAGUCUAUUUUUGUAGAAAAGAAGCAGGUGAUCAUUUUUGGGUUUCCAAUGAGUAUGUGAAGAUUACAAUGACACAUUGUAGACAGGAUUUUGGAGAUUUGUACCAAAAAAAUGAGGAACGAAACAUUUUAUUUUUUAUUUUUGAUGCUUAUUGGAACCCCAACAAUAGUUCUCCGAUAAAUUAACUUCUUCUUACUAAUAGCCAUUGUAAAAUCCCCAUCUUAUACUGUGUGCCUGCUGAUUUAUUUUUGCACUAUAUAUGUAGCUCCAACCCCCCGGCAGAUAUGUCAAAAGAAAUUAAACUAAAUUAGCUUUCUUUCAGUUGCCAAAAAUGACAAUUAAUAGUCUGAUGUCGGCUCGGUUCUGCAAUGCUAAGAAAGGCAUCGUCUGCAAAGCUGAUUCAGGUUAAAUAUCCAAACAGGGACGAUGAUAGCUGCCACUGUACAAGCCGGUAAAGAAGGGAGAGUAUCAAUUAUUGUUUUUCUUUCAUGUACAAAUCCGAUGUUUCUAAGCCAAAUGUCCCCGUCUUAUUCCUCCUGUCUUAGAUUCACACGUGAUGAGAGAGUCUGAUUUGCAGCGCAGGAUAAAACCCGAUCAAUCAAAUCUGCGUGAAAGGUUAAAAGUCAGACGACUCAUGCACGUGUGAAUCUAGCUUCAGUCUUUUUUUAUUUCCCCAGUGUGUACUGUUUACGUUCAGUCCUUAUUGUACAUUUGGAUGUUAAUAACAUCAUGUUGUAAUUAUAAAUAAGCUUGUAUAUUGAUGUCGUUUUGAUGCAAUUUAUCUUUACCUCAAAUGAUUUUUUUGGAUAUAUUGGACCAAUAAUAAAAAGAGCGAAUGCGUUUGAUA